AUGGCGGGCGGACUCUCGAAGCUCGGCUUAGAUUUCCGUUUCCAAAGCACGCGCGGUAUUCCCACAAUGGCACAAGCGUCUGAAGAGAGUCCGGAGUCAGAGAUCACGUUCACAAGCGAAGAAGAAGAUAGCGGCGACUACCGCAACGCAAAGUUGGCCCUCGAACUCACUGAUCCCAUGAUAAUCCGGGGACAAGGAUGGGCUGGAAAGGGUAACGACAAAAAUCGAGGCCGACCCAACAAGGCGGUGCCAGAUACGAUGCUUGGGUACAAGGCUACGUACCCCCUGGUGACUCCUCUCGAGCCCUCUGCUACCCUUGUCACCGGCUGGUUGAUGCUGGUCUGCCUGUAA